CGUCGUGGUCGUUGGAAGAGUAAGCACCAAAGAGUAUGGAGGAGGAGGACGGGAAGAAGGUCUCGGGGUGUGGCCUUCUCGUCCUUUACAACAACAUCUUCCGCCGCGGGACCGCGAGCUCGAGCCCCGGGCACCCCACCUCGGCCGCCGAGAGCCCCAAGCUGACGGCGUCCGACUCCAAGCGCCGACGCGCCGCGUCCGACGAGGCCUCCCUCCUGGUACCCGCGAACGCGUCCCAUUUGCCCGUCGCGCCGGCUCCGCAGAAUCCCAAGGCGGUCGCCCCGGGCUACCUCAAGGCCUCCGGAAGGCCGGCUGGCGCGCCCGCGGGCAACGCGGGCCGCGCGCGCAAUCUCGGCCUUGCGGGCGAGCUCGACAGCAUGAUUAACGAUCACCAGCGCUCCAUGGGCAGCAGCACCCUCGUCCGCGCGUCCUCCGGCAACGUCAUGGUCUUCAGCAACCUUGGCAACAUCCGGGCGCCCGGCGCAGUCACCCCCAACCGGAACGUGCUCGAUUUCCUGCCCAAGACCGCAAGCGAGAAAGGGGGGAUCCCCGACGGCAACCAAGGGCCCAGGUACACCAAUGGCCCCGCAGGCCACGCCCCGAACAGCAGCGCCGUGGAGGUCGCGGCGCCCGAGGGGCUGUGCCGGGCUCUGUCAAAGAGACUGGAGCCGGAGCAGCUGAAGGAGAUGGGCAACGAGGAGUACAAGAAGGGGAGAUACGCCGAGGCGGUCGCGCUCUACGAUCGCGCCAUUCUUAUAGAUCCGGACAAAGCAUCGUACUGGAGCAACAAGGCUGCUGCCCUCAUGGCCAUGGGCCACCUUCUCGAGGCCGUCAGUGAUUGCAGAGAAGCAGUACGCAUCGAUCCUUCUUAUGCCAGGGCGCAUCGGCGAUUAGCUACAUUGUAUCUCAGGUAUGCAACCUGCAACUCGGACAUCAUGCUCUUCCUACUUGGGAUCUUUGAUCUGUGAUGAACUCGUCUUAGGUUGGGAGAAGCUGAGAAGGCAAUCCACCAUUUCAA